GAGAGCCUCAUGGCGGAGGAAGAGAGCGACCAAGAGGCCGAGCGCCUCGGAGAAGAGCUUGUGGCCAUUGUGGAGUCCCCGCCUGGCCCGGUCGGGCUCCGAGCUGUGGGCGACGGCAGGGGCUGCUCCGGCCGCGGCAGCUGCGGCGGCGGCGUCGGGAUCAGCAGUCGGGAUUACUGCCGACGCUUCUGUCAGGUGGUUGAAGAUUAUGCUGGAAGAUGGCAGGUCCCUUUGCCCCAGCUUCAAGUUCUUCAGACUGCACUUUGUUGUUUCACAUCAGCCAGUGCAUCGUUCCCAGAUGAAUGUGAGCACGUACAAUAUGUCUUGAGUAGUCUUGCUGUGAGUUUCUUUGAGUUGCUGCUGUUCUUUGGAAGAGACGAGUUUUAUGAAGAGCCUUUAAAGGAUAUUCUUGGAUCAUUCCAGGAAUGCCAGAAUCACCUCAGCAGAUAUGGAAAUGUGAAUCUGGAACUAGUGACUCGAAUCAUUAGAGAUGGUGGCCCGUGGGAAGAUCCAGUGUUGCAAGCUGUUCUUAAAGCUCAGCCAGCUUCUCAGGAGAUAGUAAACAAAUAUUUAAGUUCUGAGAAUCCACUGUUCUUUGAACUACGUGCCAGAUACCUAAUUGCUUGUGAACGCAUACCUGAAGCAAUGGCUCUUAUUAAAUCAUGUAUAAAUCACCCAGAAAUGAAUAAAGACUUGUACUUCCAUCAAGCCCUCUUCACAUGUCUGUUUAUGUCACCUGUAGAAGAUCAACUAUUCCGGGAGCAUUUAAUGAAAACUGACUGCAAGAAUGGAAUUGAUAUCAUCUGUAACACUGAGAAAGAAGGCAAGACUAUGUUAGCCUUGCAACUCUGUGAAUCCUUUCUUAUUCCACAGCUCCAGAAUGGGGAUAUGUAUUAUAUAUGGGAGUUGAUUUUCAUAUGGAGUAAACUACAGCUUAAAUCUAAUCCUUCAAAACAAGUUUUUGUAGAUCAAUGCUACCAGCUUUUAAGAACAGCAACUAAUGUGAGAGUCAUAUUUCCAUUCAUGAAAAUCAUUAAAGAUGAGGUUGAAGAAGAAGGCUUGCAAAUUUGUGUUGAAAUAUGUGGGUGUGCCCUACAACUUGACCUUCAUGAUGAUCCUAAAACUAAAUGUCUAAUUUAUAAAACAAUUGCACAUUUUUUGCCAAAUGAUUUAGAGAUCCUCAGGAUUUGUGCACUGUCAAUAUUUUUCCUUGAGCGCUCCUUAGAAGCUUACCAUACUGUUGAAGAACUCUAUAAACGUCCAGAUGAAGAAUAUAAUGAAGGCACAAGUUGUGUGCAAAAUCGUGUUCGUUUUGAAUUACUUCCAAUUUUGAAAAAGGGAUUGUUUUUUGAUCCUGAAUUUUGGAACUUUGUCAUGAUUAAGAAAAACUGUGUGGCAUUACUGAAUGAUAAAUCAGCAGUCAAAUUUCUAAAUGAAAGUACACUGGAAAAUUCUACAGGUAUUCUAAAAAGGACAGUGGAACAUCAAGGUUUAGGUGAAGGGCUUGACUCUCUUAGAGAACAGAACACUGGAGAGAUUGAGCCUGAUGGUAUAUCUGGAGGGCCGCCUAAAGAUCAUAUUAAUAUAAAGAAAAACCUUACAGCUCUUAAUACUUCCAAAGUAGAUCAUAAUGUCCCAAGGCAUCGGUGUAUGUUAUGUAACAAGGAAUUUCUUGGUGGCCACAUAGUAAGGCAUGCCCAGGCUCAUCAGAAAAAAGGCAGUUUUUCAUGUGUAAUAUGUGGUAGGAAAUUUAGAAACAGAGGACUUAUGCAAAAACAUUUAAAGAAUCAUGUUAAGAAAAUACAGAGACAGCAAAUUACUGCAGCUCAUGAUCAGGAAAUUACUGCUUUGGAAGAAAUAAAUGGUUCCAGUUCUUCCAUUACAUUUGAGAAUGGGAAUUUGAAUAAGGAUAUGGAAAUAGAGACUCUGUCUACUUCCAGUGAUGGAAACAAAGCAGUCAUCUCUGAACACGUGGCUGAGUUAACUCAAAUUCCCACAGAUGUACCAAAAGAUGUAACUGAAAAUAUUAUUGAAAAUGGUAGUCCUAAUUCUUUAAAUAACCUCUCAGAAUCUUUACCUCAAUGUGAGAAUGACUAUGAGGAUGAAGAAAAUGAAAUUGAUUAUGAAGAAGACGAUUAUGACCUGAACCCAGAAACUUCAGUACUUCAUAAAAUAAAUGGAACUGUGUGCCAUCCGAAAGAUGUGUAUGCUACAGAUCAAGAAGGAAACUUUAAGUGUCCUGCUCUUGGCUGUGUCAGAAUCUUUAAAAGAAUUGGAUUUCUAAAUACACAUGCAAGGACUACACAUCCAACAGAUUUAAAUGUACGACAAACAGUAAUGAAGUGGAGCAAAGGAAAAUGCAAAUUUUGCCAAAGGCAAUUUGAAGAUUCCCAACAUUUCAUAGAUCACCUUAAUAGACACAGCUAUCCAAAUGUGUACUUUUGUUUGCAUUUUAAUUGCAAUGAGUCCUUUAAGCUGCCAUUCCAGUUGGCCCAACAUACAAAAAGUCACAGGAUAUUUCAAGCUCAGUGUAGUUUUCCAGAAUGCCAUGAGCUUUUUGAAGAUCUUCCUUUGCUCUAUGAACAUGAAGCUCAGCACUAUUUAAGUAAAACACCAGAAUCAUCUGUACAACCAAGUGAAGCAAUUAUUUUGGAUGUUUGUACAGACUCAAAUUCUAUUCAUCAGGAAAAAGACUCAUCUAGUAAAGAUAAACCAACUAAUAGUCUACCAGUUUCUACUAGCAAAUCAAGGAAAUAUUCUACAGAACCAAAGACAUGUAUAGAUAACAUGGAAAAGAAAACAGACAGUUUAGUUCAGAAUGGAAAUGAACAUUCUGAUUACACUGUUUCAAAUACAAGCUUGACAGACCAAAAGAUGCCUGACAUACAGCCAAAUUCUGAAAACAAUGACUUAAUAAAUGGACAUAGUGAAAUAGAGCAAGCAGAUCCUGCUUUGAAAACUGAUACAAGCAGAAUCAGGACAGAAAAUGGUUCUGUUUUACCCAAUGUUGUACCACAAGACCACAAUCCUCUGCCAGUAUCUCAGGCAUCAUCCAAACCAAAUCCUACAAGUGAACAUACUUCGUAUGGCUUAAUUUUAACAAAGCCGUAUGUCAGACCACUGCCUCCCAGUUACCUUGAUGAACGGUACCUUAGUAUGCCAAAACGCAGAAAAUUUCUGAAUGAUAGAGUAGAUGCCUGUUCUGAUUCAGAUAGUCUUUAUAAAAAAUCAGCAAAAAGAUUAAGAUGUGGCAAAUGCCUGACCACCUACUGUAAUGCAGAAGCGCUUGAGGCUCACCUUGCACAAGAGAAAUGUCAGACACUCUUUGGAUUUGAUUCAGAUGAUGAAAGUGCCUGAUAAAAAUGUCUCAACAAGAUCUGUCGAUCAAGUAGUAGUGUUUUUUUUUUUUCUGUUUGCUUUUUGUAAAGAAAGUACUACAAGAAAUUACAUCAUCAGUUUGCUGUUUCCCUGAUGGCCUUAAUUUUAGAGUGAUCUUGGAUUACUAAAGAUAAAGCACAUUUUCUAGAAUGAACUUGAAGAGGAGAUGUGCUGGCUUAGACUCCAAAAGGGUUAUUAUAAAACUUCCAAAGUACCAGUUAUUCAGAAUAACCACAUUUGUUUUUAAGUUUAUGGUGAUUAAUACCAGCAUGUUGUUUUGCUUCUGUGAAAGUCUGUUCUGGCAAAUAGAAAAACCAGCUAUGGCCUUAUGAAAAGUAAAAGUUAACUCAUGAAAUAAGAGGUGAAGUGGAAAGCUGGUUUACAAUAAUAAACAAUGUAAAGUAUUAUGCAAAUGGAACUUGUUUUCUUAUCAUGAACAAUCAGAUUAUCCUCCCUGCUGGUCAAACACGUUUUAAGGAAUCAUUACUGUUUGGUUUGUGGUAUAAUUUAGAAACUGAUACGCAGAAACAAAACUUAACACCAUAUUCUCUAUGUUAAAGAUGGUAACUUGUUUCUAAAUGAUAAAUUAGUGAAUAGCAUGCCAGCAUUGAAAAUUUUAAAGCAGACAAAAACCAGUGCUUUGCUUAAGUUCCUGAGAGAAACUUACAACUUCAGCUUUUUAAUGCAAAUUAAUUAUACUUUGUCAAUUACAAAAUAAUUAUACAGUGUCAAUUAGGAAAGUACUACCAUUAAAUUUGGGGAGAUACAAAAGAAUCUUAGGACCAUUUAAACUCUACUGUUGAAGGCAAACACUGAAUUGCAAAUGAAAAUGGUGAAAGCACACUGGGAUAUUUCUAUUUGUUUGUAGUAUAGGACAUAAUUUGAUAAUUCAUAAUAAGGUCCUUUAGACAUUAGCGUGAGUUAUCUAUUUAUAGUCCUAUGAAAAUAAUUGGCUUCAAAUAUGUCAGAUAAGAAUCAGGUUCAGAAUUCAUUCAUUUUAUUCAGCUAAGAAAGUUAAUUCCAAAGUAAGCCAUACUAAUGUAUUUUUAUUCAUUAGUGAUGGAUUUGGUCUGAAUAGUAAUUUUUAUAUAUAAGGAAGUAUUUACGCCAAAAUUUGCACAGCAGGAACACAUUAAGAUAUAUUAAUGCAUUGUUUUCCUUGGUAACCAGUAAUUUUCCUAAGGAUGAUUUUAACAUAAUAGAUUAAAACAAUGAAUGUUUUAUAAUUUUUUUAAACAUCCUCUUGAUGUUUCUUCCUAUUUGUCCAUGUUAAAAGGAGGAUGUUUACCGGAAUCCUUUUACCUAAUAGUAUGUUGAUCUCAGUCAGGGAUAAAAAGGAGAAAAUUGUAAAGGCAAAUUUCUUAAAAGAGACAUUCUAAUAUAUAAACUUAACCAAAUAUUUCAGUUAUUCCAAUGGAUAAAGUUUUGUUCAAAGCAGAUAAUCUCACUAGACCCUACAAUUAUAAAUUUUAGGAAUAUUAGAGCUUCAUAAAUGAAGUAAUGGAAAGUCAGACAUUUCUUCCAUGGUGGCAUCCACAUUUCAUUAGUUUCUAUGUCAUUGUGUGUCAGACAGCUUAAAGUGUUUUCUCAUUUUUAUUAUCAUGGGCAUUCACUACUAUGCAAUGAGGAUCAUAAAUCCAUUCCAGUCAAAUUAUGUUUGUUUUCUUAUGUAGCCUACAUUAGGCUGUGAAACUUAUGUGUAGUUAACAAAUACAAUUCAUAAUCUAGUUUUUAAAUCUGUUCUUCAAAAUCAGCUAAAAUAAGUUUUCCAUACUUCCUCGUACUAAAAAUGUAAUUAAUGACUUUUCAGUUGACUCUACAAGUAUAUCUUGUAAUAAAAAGUCUGGAAAUUGGUUGAUUUGGACAAUGAAGUUUUUUGAAAUGUAAUUUUUGCUUUGUACACCAUCUAAAACCUUAACAUUUUGUCACAUUUUAACUUGCUAUUUACAUGAAUCUCUGUCCACAAACUUAACUUGUUUUGAAGUUGAGGUUUGUAUCUCUAAUUUUUGUGUGGCUGGGAGAAAAUUUUCAGAAAGACACAUUAAAUUAGUUUACAUAUUGUGAAGAAAUGUCAUAUAAAAUUCCUUUUUGCGUCAUGAUUUUUACUUCUUUAUUAAGUAAUUCUCAAAUACUGGCUACUGAAAGAAUGUGAAUGUUUUCUUAUGCCUAUCUUCUAAAAUAUAAACCUUUGUGGGUGCAAAAACUUCCAGCAGUCCUCAUUUGGGAUAUAGAAGAAAAAGAUGCUCUUCAGAUUUUUUUGUUUUUCUUUCUUUCUGUUGUGAGGAUAUGUUUAUCCCUUACAUGGACCAAGUUUCAAAUCUUUGUUUUAAAAUAAAAAUUUCAUUAAAAAAUUAAUAUUCUGCUAUGUAUCAGUGAAGUCAAGCAAACAGCAAAUCUGACCUUUUGCUGCUUAAAUAUUGUAGACAAUGUUGAAAAGGGGAUCUCCAUGGACAAAGACACUGGUACUUUGGGCUUUAGCCAUAUUCAUUUUUUUAAAAAAUUAUACAAUGCAUAUAUAAUUUAUAUAAUUGAACUUGUGAUUCCUUUCAAAUAACACUGAAGGUUUGGCCAUACUCCUUUCAUGUUUGGAUUAAUACUGUUGUAUGAAUGAAAACUUAAAAGGGAUGAUAGUGUUUUUUUUUCUUUAAUUUAUUUUAUACUGUAAAACAUCUUUUCAGAAUGAGUAAAUGCUGCAUAUGCAUUUUGGAAUUGUUAAUAUGUGAAAGAUAUUACAGAUUCAGCAAGAAAGGAAAUUUGUGCUUCCUUGUUGAACAUUAAAUUAUUUACUUCGCAUUUUAUAAAAGUACAAAUUAAAACUGAGCCAUUGAACUGCAAUAAAUCAACAAUAGCGUCUCAUUUCAAGAAAAUUUUGUACUGUACAUAGAUUUGUUCAAUAAAACAUUGUCCUUGUUGAUAA